AUGUACGUCCGCAGGAAAGCAGCCUACGACUCCUCGGCUUCGGAGGAUGAGUCGGACUCGGGCGUGCAGCAGCGCAGCCCCCGCGGUGCGGCGGCGGCGGCGCGCAAGUCCCUCGGCAACACGAGCAGCGGCAGCAACAAUAACCAGCAGCAGCAAAAGAAGAAGAAGAAGAAGCUGCCGCCGCAGGAGUCGAUCGACAAGAUCUGGAGCCGCUUCUCGCAGAAGAAGUUCAGCAAGGCGCUUUCGGUGCUGUCGUUCGACUCGGUCCCGCCGGCGGCGAGCCCGGAGCGGGGCAACGAGCUGCUGUCCGCCGGGUACGAGCGCGCGGCCGAGGAGUGCCGCCGCAAGGUCGACAAGAUCAUCAAGGAGUGCAAGAGGGUCAACACGCGGUACAGGGACCCCGGUUGGGAUCUGGAUUGGGACCUGAAGUGGGAGAAGGGCAAUUGCCUCAACUCGCUCGGCUCAACCAAAUUCGACAUCAACUCGUCCACCUUGACCAACCCCAGCGCAACCGUGCCCAAGGCCGUCAAGCGUGUGCACGAGAUCUUUGAGAAGCCCACCUUUAUGAAGAACAUCAACGGCUCGGACGUCAAGCAGGGCGGGCUCGGCAAUUGCUGGCUCAUCGCCGGUUUCAGUGGACUUGCUAAUGUCAAGGAUGGGAUCAGGCGCAUCUGUGUGGCGCACAACGAGAAAAUCGGCAUCUACGGCUUCGUCUUCUACCGCGACGGCGAGUGGAUCUACUCCAUCAUCGACGACAAGCUCUACCUCAAGUCGCCCUGCUGGGACUCGCCGUCCAUGCAGCGAGACCUGCUCCAGCAGAUCGACCGCGAGGACGUCGAGCGCGUCUACCGCCGGACCUACCAGACGGGUUCCAAGGCCCUCUUCUUCGGCCAGAACAAAGAUCAGAACGAGACCUGGGUGGCCCUUGUAGAAAAGGCGUAUGCAAAAGCCCACAACGAUUUCCAUAGUCUAACGGGCGGAUGGGUAGGUGAAGCUCUUGAAGAUCUCUCUGGCGGAGUUACGACGGAGCUGCUCACCUCGGACAUCCUCGACACGGAGGAGUUCUGGGACAACGAGCUGAGCCGCGUCAACGAGGAGUUCCUCUUUGGCUGCUCGACGGGCCUACUCGACGGCGGCUACGGCAACAGGGAAGGCAUCACAGAGGGCCACGCGUACAACAUCAUGGAGGUGCGCACGCUCAGGGACGGCACGCGGCUGGUCAAGAUGCGCAACCCCUGGGGCAAGGUCAAGAAGGGCAACUGGGAGGGCGCCUGGUCGGACGGGUCCAAGGAGUGGACGACCGAGGUGCAGGAGGAGCUGGGCCACACGUUCGGCGCCGACAGCAGCUUCUGGAUAUCUUACGAGGACAUGUUGCGCAAGUAUUCCCAUUUCGACCGCACGCGCCUCUUCCGCGACCCGGACUGGCGCUGCUGCCAGCGCUGGAUCGGCGUCGACGUGCCCUGGAAGUCGGUCUACAACGAGAAGUUCCAGUUCAAGCUGACGCGCGACUCGCCGCUCGUGCUGGUCCUGUCGCAGCUCGACGCGCGCUACUUCAAGGGCCUGCAGGGCCAGUACAGCUUCCGGCUGCACUUCCGCGUGCACGAGCACGACUCCCCCGGCGCCGAGGCCUACAUCGUGCGCUCGCACGGCAACUACCUCAUGGACCGGUCCGUCAGCAUCGAGCUGCCCGACAUGCCCGCGGGCCGGUACUCGGUCUUCAUCAGCGUGAGCGCCGAGCGCGACGGCCGCGCGCCCUCGGUCGAGGACGUGGUCAAGCGCGAGUGCAAGGCGCGCGGGGAGAACGAGAAGCUGGCGCAGGUCGGGCACGCGUACGACCUGGCCAACAGCAAGGCCGCGAACCACCUCGCCGAGCUCGCGAAGGUGCGCAAGUCCAAGGACCAGGGCAAGGCGUCCGAGUCGCGGAUGAAGGAGCGGCGCAAGCUCUGGGAGCGGCGGCACCUGACGCGCGACAUCCAGAAGAAGCAGAAGGAGAAGAACGAGGAGAAGGGCAAGAAGCUCAAGGAGGAGAAGAGGGCCCGCCGGGCCAGGGAGGAGGAGGAGGCGGCCGUGAAGGCGGCGGCGGCGGCGGCGAAGAAGGCUGCUGAGGAGGCUGAGGUCAAGGCAGCUGCUGAAAAGAAGGCUGCCGAGGAGGCUGCUGCUGCUCUGGCCAAGAAGGAGGCCGAGGAGAAAGCGGCGCAGAAGAAGGAGGAGGAGGAGGAGGAGGUCGCUAAUGCUAAGGACAAGGCUAGCCAGGCUGAUGAGGCUGAUGUGUCCAAGUCUCAGGGAGAGGACAAGAUCGCUCAGGCUGAGACGCCUGACGAGGAUGACAAAUCGUGGUGUGCGUCUGGCUUCACGACCGGUGCUAACACGCCUUCUGAGUCGCCCGUGGCUACACCCCGGAUUGAGGAGGCACGUGAGCUUGCUCCUUCUGAGGAGAAGUCCGAGGUCGAGUCUGACGUCAAGUCCGAUGAGAACACCGAGGAGAAAUCCGAGGACAAGGCUGAGGACAAGACUGACGAGAAAUCUGACAAGUCUGAUAAGGAGUCUGAAAAGGCCGAUGAGAAGUCCGAGCCGCAGGAUGAGCCCGAGGACGCAGCCACACAAAAGAACGAGGAUGAGGAGUCCGAGGACAAAGCCGAGGAGAAGUCCGACAGCAAGGAUACCCCAGCCGAGAAGAAGGCACCGACUCCAGCCCCUGCUCCGGCUCCGGCCCCUGCUCCUCCACCACCACCACCGCCCGCCGUCAAGGACGACUCGGACAGCUACUCGUCCGACAGCCCCGUCGAGGACUGGGAGGAGCUCUACUCGAGCGACGACCUCUCGGAGAAGCCGCGCAUGGCGGCCCCCGCGCCGGCCGCGGCCGCGGCGCAGGCGGCCGACGACGACACGGACGACGAGAAGGACCCGCUGCCGUGGAACGCCAUCUGCAUCGUCGGGUUCCGCGUGUACUCCAAGGACGAGGGGCUGGAGCUGCGCGUCGUCAUGGAGGGCGGGCAGCUGUCGCAGGACGGCAUGGGCGCGCUGGGCGAGCAGGACCUCGACAACGCGCAGGCCAACGCCGGGGGCGCGCGCACGGACACGGAGGAGUGCGCGGGGGGCGCCAAGGCCAAGACCAAGGGCAAGGACGGGAGGAAGAAGCAGAGGCGGGAGAGCGCUGCCUCGGAGGACGCCGGCGAUGAUGACGGGGAGGGCAGGAAGAAGAAGGAGGGUGACGAGUUUGCGUCGUACCAGACCAUUGUGCAGAAGGGGGACGAGGCGCUGCAGAGGGCGCUGGAGAGCGGUGUGGAGAGCGAGGCGUGA